AUGGUAAAUUCAUUGGCCAUUGAUAUGAAUCUAUGCGACGAUUGGAUACCAUAUAAGAAGGAAAAGUGCUUUAAAGUCAUUGAAAAUCGUGCGAACAAUUCAGUGGCACAAAGCAAAUGCGCGCAACUAUACCCUAACGCCUCGUUGAUAACUAUUGGGUCGGCCGACGAACAAGCAUUUGUCACAAAAUUCCUUUCCUUUUAUAGCACCGUUGCUGAUAGAGUGUGGACAGGUAUGGCCAAUACUAUGGGGUCGGGCUAUAGUAACUGGGUCGAUGAUUUUCCGAAUAGAAGGUCAGUGUUAUAUGAAUAUUGCGUUCAAAUGAGUAUUUUUGGUAACUUUGCGGGCAAAUGGUAUUCGGAAAUGUGCGCCCAACGAGCUAUGGUAGUGUGCCAGCGCACCCAACAAUGGACCAUGGACAUUUUGAAUUCAAUCAUUGAGAACAUCAACAAUACUAUGCAGAUACAUUAUCAGAGGCAAAAUAAAUUGAUUAAUUAUCUACUAGGAAUUAUUAAUGAUCAAGGACUGAUCAAAGAUAUAAACAAUGCUUCUAAGACUAUUAUUAAUAUGAAUUCAUUGGCCAUUAAUAUGAAUCUCUGCGACGAUUGGAUACCAUAUAAAAAGGAAAAGUGCUUUAAAGUGAUUGAAAAUCGUGCAAACAAUACAGUGGCACAAAGCAAAUGCGCGCAACUAUACCCUAACGCCACGUUGAUAACCAUCGGGUCGGCCGACGAACAAGCAUUUGUCACAAAAUUUCUUUCCUAUUAUAGCACCGUUGCUGAUAGAGUGUGGACAGGUAUGGCCAAUACUAAGGGGUCGGGCUAUAGUAACUGGGUCGAUGAUUUCCCGUUCGAGCCUACUACCGAAGCUACCACGGUACUUUACAAUAGUUAUUCCAGUUAUACCAGUUAUAAGGGGAAUACUAGUAUUAUUGGUAACUUUGCGGGCAAAUGGUAUUCGGAAAUGUGCGCCCACCGAGCUAUGGUGGUGUGCCAGCGCACCCAACGAUGGACCAUGGCCAUUUUGAGCUCCAACAUUGAAACCAUCAAAAAUACUAUGCAGAUAAAUGAUCAGAUGCAAAAUAAAUUGAUUAAUUAUCUACUGGAAAAACAUGGUGUUAAUGCUACGAAAUUUUACUUAUUCAUAGUUUAA